AUGAACGUCGACCAGUCCGGAAAAGGAGAUCACCGCAGAAUACAAGAUGCCAUUGAUGCUGAACCGUUCAAUAAUUCCCACCAUGUUUAUAUACUGGUCAACGCUGGAACCUACAAAGAAAAAAUUGCUGUGCCCCCAAACAAAGCCUUCUUAACACUAAGUGGCAUCAAACCUGCUACAUCGAAGGGGACACUAAAAUGUCAUUUGCAUUCAGUUUCUCAAGGAAAUGGGGCAAUAACUUCCCAACGUAGGCAAUCACCAUCUCAGGAAACAGGCUUCAUCUUUGUGGGUUGUAAAGUUAGCGGGGCAAAAAGUGCCCUACUGGGACGACCGUGGGGUGCUUACUCCAGGGUCGUAUUCGCCCUUUGUUACAUGUCAAACGUGAUUAUGCCUCAGGGAUGGGAUGACUGGGGCAGCUCUUCCAAACAAAAAAAAUCUAUAUUGGAAAGUUUUCAAUAUCUCAUGCAUUAG